AUGACGUUUACUCGUUCCCGUUCUACUAUCCUUUUUGACUACAAUAUCUCUGGUUUGACAAUUGAACGCGUUGAUAAUCUAAUCGACCUAGGUUUUAAACUAGCUAGUACCCUUAGUCCAAGUCCUCAUAUUGCGAUGAUUACUAGUAGGGCAUUUAAAGUUUUAGGGUUCAUUAUGCGUCUAUCUAAAGACUUUAAAUUGUCAAAAUCGUUAAAAUCACUAUAUUGUGCUUUAGUUCGUCCUAUUUUAAAGUACGGGUCGGUUGUCUGGGAUCCGUUCACUGUUUCUGAUAUUAAUCAACUCAAACGUGUUCAACUUAGAUUUUUGAGAUUUUGUUGUUUUGUGUUAGGCAUUCCCCAUUUAGCUCACGAUUAUACCAAUAUCGCUAACGUACUUGACCUGCCAACUCUUGCUGAACGAAGAAGAACUUUAAAUUUAAAAUGUAUUUACUAA